AUGAAGUCUCCCGGUUCCGCCCAUCGAACUCUGCUAGAGCUUGAGAAAGGGACCAGUGGCCCCACAAGCCAACUGCUGGAAGCUGCGCGGGUAAUUGGGGUGGAUUUAUUUUCUCCAUGCGAUACAAGGGCCGCGGACAACAGAGGCACUCCAGCUGCUGGUGCGCAGGCCAAGAAGCAGAAAACCUCCGCGCCGAAGGAGGAAUGGGUCCUGCGAUGGCUUAUGAAACAAUUGCGAGCUUCCGCACAACAAGGGCAGCCACAGUCGAGCUAUAGACUAGAUGUGAAAACGUGGAUCCUUCUUCGACUGCUCUUUGAUCGUAUCCCCGUGAAAACAUUAGCGUUCAUUCUCACUGAAAAUAAAUUUCUGUCGAUACUGAAGGAUUCUUUGUAUGACUUGGCCAAUAACGCAUCGACUUUCCAUCCCGAGCGGCCGCCUACCGCACAGGAUUCACAACAAUCUGAAUCGACUGUGACGAUACAGGAAUCUCCUGUGCCUGUGGUAUCGAACAGAGGGAAGAAGAGAAAGCGGACUGAGAAUGGGGGGGAACUUGUGGAGCCGACUGGGAGUACAUCCGGUUCGUGGAUUGAUACGUUUUACGCCAUCUUGUAUUCCGUAAAAGCUCUUGUUGUUUUGUCGGAACAAGCCCCGGAAGAUAAAUCGACGAUGAAUUCACAGCUAAAGCUCGUGCUCAGAGGAGAGCCACAGUUAUCGGCGGCAAUUCUGGGACUCUCCUUUGAAUUAGCCCAAAAGGCAGUGGUGGAAUGGCAUACAGGGGUUUCCGAUUUUGGGAUACAGUUGCUAUUUGCCUUAUCCUCUGUGCUGGAUAUUUGGAGGCUUAGUUCUGAGCGUCUGGGUGACGGCACUGAUUUGCCAAGCAAUGAUACGUUCCAGCCGCUCUGUUUGUUAGAAGCAUUAAACAUCCUAACGGCUUUGCAACAUAUUCCUAGUGAAUCAGCCGAAGUUAACAGUUUGAGACAGGGCAUUGAACAACUUGUCGUCCUCCAUUUCAUCCUCCCUGUCCGCCAGUCAUUUUUCUCAGAACAUUCUAAAGAGUCUAGGAACGCCAAUGAUAAACUUGAUCCCGCCCAAGUUGAACUCGUCUUCAAGGAUAUUAGCUCACGUUGGAAACAGUCUCAGGAUAUCUCGAAUACAAAACUAUUGCCCAUGUUGCUGGACAUUGCCAUUCGUGCAGUUCCCAGAGACACCUUCAGGAGACAAGAAAACGAAGCUCCUUGGCUUGAGACACUUUUUGUGGUACUGUCGACCAUCGCCGGAUGCCCUUUAUUCGAGGACGUCGUUUGGAAUAAAACCCAUCGGCAUAUCCCGAUUUUUGAAAGCCUCUUACAAGUUACUAUCGAUAGGAAAGUAAACAUAUCUCUUGACACCGUAACCCUGUAUACGACUCGAUUUUCUGGUCUUCUCGACAUUCAAACCGAGCAGAUUGUCCAAUGGUCGUUAAUAUCGAAAAUAAUUCGGGCGGGAGUCGAUGUGUUUCUUCCCAACUCUGGAAUUGACGAGAGUAAUCAAUUGCUUAGCAACCUUCUUAGCCAAAUUACAUCGUUAUGGCUGGGUAACAACGUUAUUUCAAGUGAAAUAUACGAAAUUAUUAAAAUUGGCAUUGUUAUCCCUUUACUCAAAGGGUUUGCUUUUGCAAGGGAUAUUGGUUCAUUCCUGGAUAUCUGGUCAGAGCAACUGAAAUCCCUCGAAGCUGCUCGUUUAAAUGGGGCAGAUAUAUCCUACUUCUCUGUCUGGGAGGAUGAUGAUCUUGCAGCAGCGUAUAGACCGCUGGUCGCGGACCUUUUUUCGGAGAAUCAGACCAGAGAUCAUCUCCAAGAUAUUUUAACACAACACUCAUUCGAAAGCGAAAAGGACUCUGCAAACCAGUAUGCGGAUAUUGUGCUUCUCGAUGCUAUUUUGAGAUCACCAUUGCCUGACAACGACUCACUGAUCCGAGGCCAAUUAAUGGCCCAGAUUUUUAGUAUAAUAUCGAAAUCAAUAAGAUUGAAACAGAAACAGAAAUGGAGAUGGCGUCUCUGGCGCCUUUCUCAACGAUUUGGUGAUCAGCACGUCUUGUCAAUGGGUGAUUUGACCACCUAUCUUCGCAUGGACCUGCUACCUAACGCAGUAAGCUUAUUACAAACCUUUCAUAAGGGCUCUGAAUCCGGCAAAUCUAGAAACGAUUGUCUUGAAGCUUUCGAGGCUUUCAAACUUGUCGUGCUAGCUGCUGGAAAGCCAGAUAGUCCUCAGUACAGCGAAUUCUUGAAUACAAUAAUCCCGUCUAUUGUGCCUGCGUUUAACCAAGUUGCUAAAUCCACGGCACCCGCCUGGAAUGGGCGAGCAGAAACCAUGGUUUCACCUUCAACCGUGUGCAUUGGAUAUCUAGUUGCCCUGCUCGCGACACCCGUGGCCGUUUCUCGUCUUACAUCUGAAAACCGCAGCCUGCUAUUUAACAGUAUUCUCACAGCUGCGGAACAUUAUGAAUCAGAUGUAUUGGUUUCCGUCUCAGCGCAGACUACAAUAGAAAGUCAAUUACUCGAAAUAUGGCACUCAUUCGCUUCUCACGAUUGGUUACUAGGCGCACCCGCAGCGGUUUACGAAGUCGUUAAUACACUUUACCAUCAUCUCAAAGAAAGGAGUAUCCCUGACAAUCUAUUAAUAUCAAGCCUUUUGAGCAUUCCAACACGGUUAAUUCCACGUCACCAACGUGGCAUGCUCUUGGAUUUCUUACAGCACGCUAUGCUCCGGGGGCAGGUGAACUCUACGGAAUUGUGUACUGAUAUUCUGUCCUUGAUGACAAGGCUAGCAGACCUGCCCAAAUCAUCUGCCCAGCUCACAAGUGACUGGGAUGAAUUGUGGAAACUUUCGGAUGCCAUAUCCAGCAAGAAUGGGGAUUCGUGUGGUAUGCUUCCGUUUCAAUCAUUCCGCCAGCUAUAUCAAGUAAUCAUUGAUCGCGUUCUUGACUCGUCAGAUGUUCAGCGACAUUUAUACUUGCAGAAAACAUUUGAUAAAGUAUCUGCAACAGUACCUGAAUACGACAAGGUCAACUUCGAUACAAUGGAAUUCUUCAUGCUUGGUUUGUCGCUUCGAACACUUCGAGCCCAUCAAGAACACUUCGAUGGCGAACUCAAGGUCGAAAAUUUGAAUGCAUUGCGCGAGAGAGUAUUUAAUAUCCUCAUCUCGGGGUUACAGUCCGUGAACAAAGGGAUGAAGAAGAAUAAGGAACUGCUGGAUGUUAAUACAUUAACAGGGGUUCUGAAUGCGUUGGAAGAUUUUGAAGACUUGGUAAAGGCAAGUAAGGACGUCCAAAAGGCCAUUCGCAAACUUGAGGAGCGAAUGGAAACAGCAACCGAUGAUAUACACGUGGAAAGGCUUGUUAAGCGUCGCCUUGUCGCGUUUCAGAAGCCUGGCAAAGACCUCGACCAAAUCUUAAUGCAGUCUCUUUCGUUGUUCCCUAUAGAUCAGCUCCAUGGCGACGAACAGAAAUUGCAUGUACGAGAUAUCCACCUCAGACUCUCCUCUUUACCAGAGAAGAAACUCGUCAGUCUUAUACGUAAGGUUCGCGAGUCGGGCUUCUCAGGCAAAGAUGCUGCUCAUCGACUUCUACUUACUGGUAUCGCCAUCUCCUGUUUGGAGCCCAUUGAGGAUACAGAUGGCGAAGCAUCGCAGGAACUGUCCUCUCUUUUCACAGCAUUGUUAGCGUGCCUGGUUCAUAGUACCACUAUUGAGCCGUUUUCUCUUGCUACAGAGUGUCUUGAGAUGAUUCUCCGCAACAAAUCAAGGGGCAUCACACAGUGGAACAUAGACAAUACCCUAGGCACCCUAGCCGUCACAAUAUCCCCGUCAGGACCCAACAUUGCAGGGAAAUAUUCAAAAGUUAUCUAUACCCGUACCUGUCAUCUCUUAGGCCUUCUGUUCGGCCAAUACCGACAAAAGAUCAGCGGAAGAUUCCACCUAAUCCUACCAGUCAUACAACGCCUUCUCCGCCUCCUCUUCACGCCUGGCUCACGACCACAAAAGUCCUCCCGCUUUCAAUCGACCACCCCGCCAUGGGCCGAUGACAUCAAAACUCUCCAUCAACCUUCCAGCGCGACUCAAUUCACCCGCCUCCUAACAACGCUCUGCGACCCAACCGUCUCCGCCGUGCAACGGGGCCAUCGACUUAACAGCGGUCUCACUGACAAUACGAAAAAAGUGAAGAGUCUUGCCGGCCAACAUUUGCAAUAUCUUGUCAUGGAAUAUGCCAUGUGUCAGCUGCGGGGCCAACUGGCGCCGGAGGUGAAAGCGGCGCUGGUGCCUGGAUUUUAUGCUGUUUUGGAUGUGAUGUCGAAGGAGACGGUGAGGGGGAUGAAUGCAGCAAUGGAUUCAUCGAGUCGUGCGGUGUUUAAGGGGCUGUAUGAUGAUUAUAUGCGGUUUGGGAAGUGGAAUCAUGGUGAUGGAUAG